AUGGCUGAAAUCAAUCUAAACAAAACUCUGGUAAUCAAGAAAAAUAUUGGAAAAUGUGUUUUCCUAGUAUUGCUCAGUAAGGCAGUCAUGACAAUCUCCACAAAAUUUCCAGUCCUAGAAUCUCAACACACUAUGGUUAAUGAGGAUUCAAAUGUGGCAUAUUUGAAGGGAAACCAGUUUGAUUUUUUGGCAGAAAGUUCUGAUCCCAGAAUCAUUCAAAACUCUCACAACAUCAAAAAACAAAAACACAAGGCAAAGCUUCUUGGAGUUCAACAUGGGGUACAUAUAUCUAAGAAAAAAAUGAAUGCAAAAUCAAAGUUUCAAGUUCCAGAAAAUGUGCCAAAGAUUGAGGGAGUAGAGAAUCAAUUUAAUUUUCACUAUUCCCACUUUCAAUCCAGAAGUCUAGCUAAUUUACUCAAAUCAAAAGGAAUGCUAGCAUUAUGGCACAAUCCUGAGGUGUCAAGACAGAUAGAUGUUUUCUUUGAUAAGCUAGACAACAAAUUCUACUCAAUACUUUGGUCUUCAUCAAUCACCCCCUGUACCCCAUAUCAAGUCAAGUUUGCAAUCAAUAGGGUCAAGAAAGAUGUUGUUAUUGCUUUCUUUGGGGGCCUGAGUUUAAUCUGUCAGAGAAGUCAAAAAGAUGUCUCAAUGAAAGACCUAGUUUCUGAUGGAUGGGUUUACCUUCAAGAUUAUUUGAAUCAAGUGUUUUAUCCUAGUCAAAACAAAAUCAGUACACUUUCAUUACAAUUAAACAAUGAUCCAGACAACUUGUCAAGCCCUUCAAAUUUACCAGAGUACAUCUUGGACCGUGAUCAAUACUCCCCUGUUCAACCAAGCUAUAUAGGAGCAUUGAUUUCAAAUUGGACAAAAUAUUAUAUCUUUGAGCCACCUCAUUGCAAGAUUGAAUUCUCAACACAUUCAUUUCUUUCUGCAAUUUUAUCUGAAGGAGAACUCAGAGGGAAGAAGGUCUUGACAUCUGAGAUUAGUAAAGUGAAAGAUAAGCCCUCAUUCCCAACCUUUGAAUUCUCAAUCUCAAUGAUCCCACAUCUUUCAGAGCUGGAGGUGGCUAAAUUAAAAGAAUUCAAAGGUAAACGGCCUGCAAAUUAUGUGGCAGUGAUUGGCAUGUCUGUGUUGAAAAAGCACAAGGACAUCUUGGAAAGCAUUCAAAUAUUCUUUGAUUGUCUUGAAAAAGAUAUGGAACAAAGCUGGAUAGAAUGCAUCCAUUCAAUAAAUGGUACAUUGAAUACAGAUCUGAUCCUUGACUUGAUGAAGAUCCAAAAUGUAAUCAAAGCAGUUAAAUCUUUCAUGGUUCCAGCCUUUGUGGGUGUACUGGUUGUCUUGCACCACAAUCAGCUAACAAACCAAGUGAUGCAAAUCUUACUUAAGACUGGCUGGGAUAUCCUUCAAGAUUAUUUUUCUCGAUGGAGAAAAUGUUUUUGUGAAGACACAUCAUCAAUUAUCCUGCCCAAAGAGGAGAAGUUAGCACAUGAGGUUGGCUGGUAUGAUGCUAAAGACACAUUACAUUAUUUCUGUCAGUCCAGGGUAAAGAAAAACUUCCCUAUGGAUCCUGUGUGGUAUGUAAUUGAGCUUUGGUAUGAGACUAUAAUUCAAAGGAGAGAUAGUUGGGUUCAUGAUAACAUGGACUUUGUACCAUCUCAACCAAAUCAAGAUGUAUACCAUAAGUUUCUUUCUUGUUUGAAAAGGGAGAAAUCUUGA